AUGACCAUGAAGGGACUGCUACUGGUCAUAAUGCCGAUUCAGAAUGUGACUAGUGAGUUGGUUAGUGGAGAGAUUGAAACCCUGAAGGAGGAAGUUAAAGGAACGUUGAAGGUGUUGAUAGAUCCAUUUGUGGUGGGGAGAUUCGUGACGGAGCUGAAAUCACAGCCGAAGGAGGUUAAGUGGAAUUGUAAAAUGUUGAUUGGUCAGUUGUUGGGCUUGAAGAGUUUUCUUGAGCUGCUCCAGCUACGGAUCUUGAAGAAGAAAGAUCUGUAUGUGUCUGCAUCGGAGUCCAGGAUCCGGAAGCCCAUGCAGAUCAAGAAGGGCGGUGGCGUGAGCUUCAAUUCAACCUGUCCGAUGGCGAGAUGCAACGAGAAGAUGGUGCAAACGAUUUUGAACACGAUUAGGAUUUUCAACGCGGAUGUGCUGUUCCAGGAGGACUGCACCGAGGAUGAGUUGAUCGACGGAGUUUCGGGCAACCGGUUCUACUUGCCGUGCAUCUACGUGUACAAAAAGAUUGACAAUAUUGUAACUAUUUAUUAA